CUCUGCUGCCCCCAGAGGCUGCGCUGGGCAUCACAAAUGAGCAGAUUGAAGAGACGUUUAAAUACUUCUUAGUCCAGCGUGGCCAGGUGAAAGGAGGCAGGCAUGACGACAGCUGCCCUCCUGGUCAGAGGGAUUACAUAUUAACGUCAAGGCGCUCAGAUUCUCUCAGUAAUAGAAACACAGCUGUAGGUACCUACUAACAUAGGCUAGUGGAUACUGUUUUGCCUGCAUACAGAUCACAGGCUCUUUGUAGAAUGGUUUCAGAGAAAACCCUCAUGUAUCACAGUCCAGUUUGCAGAGAAUAGAGGCAAGGACGCAGGGAAUUUAGAGGAUGGACAGAGGGACAGAGAGCGAUUUCUCCCUGAUCACCAUGGAGGUGUGGAGUUCCUCAGCAUCUGAAGAAGAAGAUGAAGAGAAGAGCAACUUCAGUGGUGUAGAGGAAGUGAUAGAGGUGGUGGAGAAGAAGCAGCACAACAGCAAUAACAAUAACAACAACAGCAAUGACAUCCUGUGCAAGGAGGUGACCCAAGUGUUGUGUGCAGACAGAGUGGGCCAGGUCACCAAGACAUAUCAUGACAUUAAGGCCGUCACCCACCUGCUGGAGGAGAAAGAGCGAGACCUUGAGUUAGCAGCCCGGAUUGGUCAGUCCCUCUUGAAGCAGAACCAAGACCUAACAGCACGAAAUGAAAUGUUGGACGAACAGCUUGAAAUGGCGAAAGAGGAGAUUGCACAGCUUCGUCAUGAACUCUCUAUGCGAGAUGACCUCCUCCAGUUUUAUGCCAGCAACGAGGAAAUAGAAAAUGCUGAAUCUCACUCACCAAUUAAAAGGAAUGAAUCAAGCAGUUCCCUCAGCAACUACGUCCACUAUGACUUCCUGCAGCAGAAACUCAAGGGUCUAGAGGAGGAAAACCGCAAACUACGUUCAGAGGCCAACGAGUUGACGUCUGAAACGACAAACUAUGAGGAACAGGAGCAGGAGCUGAUGAUGGUGUGUGUCGAGGAGCUCUCAUCUGUCAAUAAGCAGGUCGUGGAACUGUCGGAGGAGCUUGCAAGAAAAGUGGAGGACACCGUCAGACAGCAGGAAGAGAUCAGCAACCUGCUCGCCCAGAUAGUCGACCUGCAGGCCCGCUGCAAAGGGCUCACCAAUGAGAAUGAGGAGCUGAACCAGCACCUGAAUGCCUCCCGUGAGAGCCAGCUACAGCUUAAAUCAGAGCUGAGAGACCUACAAGACAAGUAUUCUGAAUGUGAGGACAUGCUCCGGGAGGCCAGAGAGGACAUCAAGAACCUGCGGAACAAGAGUCUGCCCAACAGCACGGUGCAGCGGUACAGUUCGCUGGCUUCUGUGUUCCCCAUGGACUCUCUGGCAGCCGAAAUAGAAGGCACCUUCCGCAAAGGCCUGGACAGCCCUGCACCCUCAGAGUACAAGAACCACCCGUGGCGUGUGUUUGAGACUGUGAAGGUAGCAAACAAGGCUGCUAGGCUGCGGUCUUGGUGCCACUCCCCAGGGCUGCCAGGCUCCAGCCCGGUCUCUGCCCGCUCCAGUUGUACCAGCACCCCCCGUACCAGCUACUAUGGCUCAGAUAAUGCUAGCCUUAGCCUGGAGGACAGGCCCUCAUCCAGCAAUACUAACAAAGAAGACAUCAGUAUGAACGGGCCCAAGCGUCUGGGCCAGCCAGGCACACCAGGAGGCCAGGACCUGGAAGCUGCCCUGCGCUGCCUGUCAGCCCGCCAGCAAAAUCACUCCUCUGAACGGCCUUUCUUUGACGUGGAGCGUGAGCGUAAACUCCGUGCCUUGGCAGCGAACUGUGAGGAAGGCGAGGGCUCCAGUGGCUUCCUGACACCAAACGACAGCCUCGCCUCCGGCUCGGCAGCGUCCACGGGCACCAACUACUCGAACGGGAGCUCACAGCACUCCUGCUGCUCCUCAGGGGGGUCCAGGUCCUACCUGCCUGACCGUCUGCAGAUCGUCAAACCUCUGGAAGGCUCAGUGACCCUGCACCAGUGGCAGCAGCUGGCCAAGCCAAACCUGGGAGGCAUCCUGCAUCCACGGCCAGGGGUCCUGACCAAAGACUUCAAGGAGCUGGAGGUCGACAUGCAGCACGUCUACAGCCUCAAUGACCUGGAGGAGGAUGAACCUGACCUGUCACAGUUUCCUGGAGCACAUGGCACCAUGGUCUCGUCAUCCGGCCCCAACCUCCCUCAGACCUCUCCCACACAUACCAUUACCACCUGUCAAGUCUUCCAACCCUCCCUUCUCAUCCCCUCUUUCUCCACUAGCCUUUACGCUCUCAGCCUGCCAUCUUGUGGGAACUGUGAGCACCUGAGCACUUCCUCCGCAUCGCAGCAGCACUUUGGCUUCCGCUGUAACUCGCGCCUGGGAGGCCCGACUGCUACCACCAACACCUCGACCUUCACCACGUCAUCCAUGGGACUCGUGCAGCUGGUGCAGGAGCGCGGCAUCUCAGCCUCCCCAAAUCCCCAGCAAAACCCCUACACCUCUCACAACACAGAGCUUUCACACUCCACAGCAAAAGAGAAAGAUGCAGACUCGCCCCGGAAGGAAGAGGAAGGAAGGAACAUUUUCAGCUUCAACCUGGUAGAGAAGUUACAAAGCCUCGGGUUGCACAAAGUGGUAGCCCGAGGGAUGAUGGGCCGCAAAAGCAAAGAAACUGUAACAAUCAGACACCCUCCUAAAGUAUGAUGUGGACUAAUUCACCACUUCCUCCUUUUUCAUUCACCUGAGUGACUUCAGAUCAACUCAUGCUGCUAGUUAUGUGAUCUUCAUUGUGCAUUUUGGGACCAUCAGCGAUGUUGUCUUGAAAACAAAGCCACAGGAUAUUCUAGAGCCAUACUUAAAUUUUGUUUGGUAUCAGUGGUGUACAAUACUGUUCUUUUCUAUGAACUUGUGUACAGUAGAUUGUACAGUAGAUUCAUUACAGAGUAUGUGUGUGCGUGCGUGCGUGUGUGUGUGUGUGUGUGUGUGUGUGUGUGUAUGUAUGAGACACCUUCAUCUCAGGAAAAUCACCUGAUCACCUAUCUGCUGACUGCAGCACGCAGAAGCCUCUUUUUGGUACACACAAAAAAAAAAGACACACGACAAAAAAAAAAAAAAGAAAAAAAAUUUAUACUGUGUUUUGUGGAUGCCAUUUCACACGGUAUGAAAGGGAACAGUAGUUUUCCCUGACGCUAGUUUUUAAAAACCUCAUCACCUGUAAUUAUCAUAGCUUUCAAAAUGUUAACUUCAUUGUCACAACAUUGUCAUGUGGACAGGUUCCAAUGAAUGUAGGCUCAAUUAUAAUUUGGGAGCAGUGGUGUCUGCAGUAGGCUUGGGUGGUAUCUUUUUUUUCAUGCCUUCCUGACAUCUCAGAAGGGUGUAUGGUAUAUGAGGGUAACAAACAUAAAAAAACCCCCAUAAAAUCUGAGCUGCUGGUGAUAGCAUGUAGCACGUAUGGCAUUAUCUAGCCCAUAAUGCCGUGUGUCUAAUAUACAAUUAACCUACUUAGACAAGCCCUGCUGGGUUUUGAUAUUUAUGGCCCAUGGGAUAAUGAAUAGAGAGGAAAUUAGCGCCCUUCUCCUAUUGAUACCAUACCUUACUGGAGGGCCCAACACAUCAGUAGGCUGAACGGAGAUGAUGUGCGGGUGGUGGUGGCAGCUGAAUAAAAUCAUGUGGCUAAUAAACUGCUUUUUUGGGACUAAAUCCAAAACACUCCCAAACACGGGCAGAGGCAUUUUUCUUGUUUACUAGUCCUGUAACAUUAUCCCCACUACUCGCAGUCACCAUCUUUCUCAGCUCAGCUGCCUGUUCCACCAGUAGAGACUGGCCUCUGUUGUGCACUACAAAACAUCACCUUAAUACAGCGUCUCCAUAUCAGUUUAAAAGAAAGAGGAGCUUCUGUUUUGUUGACGACGUCAAUAAUCAUAGCAUAAAGAUUUUUAAAUACCCAGGUAUACUGUAAUACCUUGAUACCGCCCAAGCUUAGUCUACAUCACUUGAAGAACUUUCAAAUGCACUGAAAUACAGUCCUGUCUUUCUGCUUAUCACCUGCUUUAAUGAAUAAAGCAUGUUGUAUGUAAGUUUGUUAAACACUUGAGAUAUAUAAAUCAACAAGCACUACAAUGACUGUCUGCCCCUGACUGGGAGAGGUAACACACUGAAUACUGAAUAAUAGUGACACAAUUCAUCAUUUGCUCUCACAUAAUCCAUCCAUUCAUUUUACUGUAAGGCGACAGUGCUUAACACCGAGCCACUGCGCCACCCCUCGCAUAGUCGACAUACUGUAAUUAUGGCUGCAUGACAUAGAUCAGCUGAGAGCUUUUGUACUGUGCUUACCUUUAAAAUGUCUGCCAUUGUGAUCUUGUUCUUAACCAAAUUUCAACAAGAUGAUUCAGGUAGUCUGCUGCGAGGCAUCAAAGACAAUGAACGGGACAGCAGCAAGUGAUAAAUCCACUUACUCACUUCCUGAAAAUCUUGCUUGUCCAAAUCUGUUGUAUGUCAUGUCAUGUCGAAGUUCAAAACUGCUGGGACAGAAAUGAAAUCUAAAUCACGAUGCAGGGCAUACAAAGUGAACUGUCUCAAUGCUUUGAGGGGGUUACCUUAUGUAAAGAAAUGCAAGUAAAAUCCUGGUAGCAAAGUGGUCGAUUGUGUGAACUGCAUGUUUCUAUAGAUUCACUCUGGACAAUCACCUGUAGGCAAAAGGCAUAGGAUACAGUGGAUUAAAAAGGGAAGAACACAAACGCAGGUUAUGAUAAUUUGUAUUCUGACAAUAAUCAACCAAACCGCUGUCUCUCCAAUGCUGAAAAUGCACUGUCUGCUGUUAGAAUCACAGAUAUGUACUGUACAUCAGUGUGUAAAUAAACUGUACCACCUGUGAAUGAAA